CCCUACCCACGUGAUCUGCUCCGUUACUUCCUGCGGCAACACUUUCGCUCGUUACUGCUGCUGCUUGUAGUCAGUCUCUGCACGCGCAGCUUACUAUCACUAUAUGUAUGCCAGUCAACAACACUUCAGCCGCCCCUUUCCUUUCACUCCGACGCGAAGACUUCAGUUUAGUUUAACCACGUCGCUUAUCCUUCCUCCUGCGGUGUUUUAUUCAACCUAAGAGCUUUUCCUGAGCUUCAUAAUCUGCUUUGGGUGAGAAAAAGCGCGUUUGUUGUGUGUGUAAAGGCAGCUCAGUUUCUUAGCAAUGGCGACAGCUGCGGUAUCUGCCCCUGCUGGCGGCGGCCCGAACCCCGGAUCCGGUGCCGAGAUGGUCCGCGGUCAGGCUUUCGACGUCGGGCCACGUUACACUAACCUCUCGUACAUCGGAGAAGGCGCAUACGGCAUGGUUUGCUCGGCGUAUGAUCGUGAUAAUAAAGUGCGUGUGGCGAUAAAGAAAAUCAGUCCAUUUGAGCACCAGACGUACUGUCAGCGCACACUCCGUGAGAUUAAAAUCCUGCUCCGCUUCAAGCAUGAGAACAUCAUCGGCAUCAACGACAUCAACCGCACCCCAACCAUCGACCAGAUGAAAGACGUCUACAUUGUACAGGAUCUGAUGGAGACAGACUUGUACAAGCUGUUGAAGACGCAGCACUUGAGCAAUGACCACAUCUGUUACUUCCUGUACCAGAUCUUGCGUGGCCUGAAGUACAUCCACUCAGCAAACGUUCUCCACAGAGACCUGAAGCCAUCUAACCUGUUGCUCAACACUACUUGCGACCUCAAGAUCUGUGAUUUUGGGCUCGCCCGGGUGGCUGAUCCAGACCAUGACCACACUGGCUUCCUGACGGAGUAUGUAGCCACGCGUUGGUACCGCGCACCAGAGAUUAUGCUCAAUUCCAAGGGUUACACUAAGUCCAUUGAUAUAUGGUCGGUCGGUUGCAUUCUGGCUGAGAUGCUUUCGAAUAGACCCAUCUUCCCUGGGAAACACUAUCUGGACCAGCUUAACCACAUCUUAGGUAUUUUGGGCUCCCCCUCUCAGGAGGAUCUCAACUGCAUUAUCAACAUAAAGGCAAGAAAUUACCUGCUGUCACUUCCUCUCCGCUGCAAAGUGCCCUGGAACCGCCUGUUUCCUAAUGCAGACCCUAAAGCAUUGGACCUGUUGGAUAAGAUGUUGACAUUUAACCCUCAUAAGAGGAUUGAGGUGGAGGAGGCGCUGGCUCACCCGUACCUGGAACAGUACUAUGACCCCACAGAUGAGCCUGUUGCAGAGGCUCCAUUUAAGUUCGAUAUGGAGCUGGAUGACUUGCCCAAAGAGACUUUGAAAGAGCUGAUCUUUGAAGAAACUGCCCGCUUCCAACCAGGCUACAGACCAUAGCCUGUCACACAGGUGUUGGUCUGGAUUUGAUCAUGCUGUUGCUUCUGUCUCCACUCCACUGCGCGCUGUGGUCCUCUUUUGGUCUUCAUCGUCAUCAUCAUCAUCAUUAUCUCCUCCUCUGUAAGUGUCUGUAAGCCAUUUUGAAGUCUCACAGAGGUCAAACAGGGAGAGAAUGAGGGCUCAGAUCUCCUCUAUUCUUAAAUAUAUAUGCAGUGGACGCGCAUUUAUCCACAUUGUGCAUCGCCAAUUUCCUCAAAGUGCACAGAGCUCGAAAUUUGCCACGGUGCCAUUUUGAGGCUUUAAUGUAUUUUCAUAAAUGCAAAUAUGUAUUUACUAAUGACCCCUUAAAAUUUAAUAAAACUUGUUGUUGAUUUAUCAGAUUGUUUUAUAACCCCCAUAUAAGUGACUUGACUAAUAUACAUGUGUGUGAUUAAAAACCUGUAAUUAUUUAUAUACAAUAAAUUUGAUUAAAACCUGUAGGUCUAGUUAUAAUAUAUAAUUACAAGUUUUUAAUCAACUUAUUUGUACAUUGGUUCUCAAUCAUAAACACUGAAUCACUUCUAGAAACUUUAGAAAAGACAAAUCUGUUCAAUUUGCUUAAGCACCAAAGAAAAGACCACUUUGAAGAUGUUCUGCCACCUUGGAAAAUGUGUACUUGUGUCCAAAAUUUGACCUAAGCCCUCACAUUGCUGUACCUGCCAAAAAAGGCAAGUGCCAUGCAGGUUUACAUAUAUCCCGAAAUCCAGGUGUUUUUUAAUCUAAAGAUGCACGUAGGUCCAUUUAGAAACUAGACUUUAUCAUUUAGAUAGGUUUAGAGGAACUUCUGUCAUGGGACGAAGAACAAUCCUGAGUUUUUCAGUCAUAAUUGGUCAAUUUCAAAUCAAUGUCUAUUAUAAUCGUACAGUGCCUGUCAUCUCUAUUCAUUUUUGUAUAUUUCUUUGUAUUAUAUUUGCUUUCCCUGCACCCCCAGCCGCCUUGUAUCAAUAAGACUGUGCCCUUGCAUGACUGUUAAAAAGCUUUCUAUACAAAGAAAAUGGAAGUGCCACAUUGCUGGGGAUUCCACUAUUGGACUCUCAGGUUUUUGUUAUAUAUCCUAACUUUUGUGGUCUCAUAUUUCUUAUAUAGAGUAUUAUCAGUUCAAAAA